CACACGGUUGGCGUGCGCCUCGAGCUGUGCCACCGCUGCUCACCGUGGUUGUCGAUUCAGUGUUGCGCCGAGUGCAUCGAACCGACAGACGAGAGCACGGGGUUGUUUCUUCUUAAUCAAAGAGGGAUUCGAGAGAGAUCGGCGUCGACCGACACACGAUUGACAAGGUCGCGGUUUCUGCGCUUAUAACAGCGCGGUGGAUCAAUUACAAUGCCGGUCAGGAAGGGUCUUCUUGCUCCGCAAAACACGUUUUUGGAUACCAUUGCGACUCGUUUCGAUGGAACACAUAGCAACUUCGUACUGGGGAACGCGCAGGUUCCGUCGCUUUAUCCGAUCGUCUAUUGUUCCGAUGGAUUCUGCGAGUUGACAGGAUUUGCGCGAGCGCAAAUCAUGCAGAAAAGUUGCGCUUGCAAGUUUCUCUACGGCCCGGAAACGAAGGAGGAAGAAAAGGCAAUGAUCGACAAGAGCCUCGAGAGCAAGACGGAAUUGAAAAUGGAGGUUGUUUUCUAUAAGAAGAGUGGAACUCCGUUCAAUUGCCUACUCGACAUCGUUCCGAUAAAAAACGAGAAGAGUGAAGUCGUUCUGUUUCUGGCCUCGCACAAAGAUAUCACGUUCACGAAGAAUGUUCAGCUCUACGAGUUACACGACAGUGACUCGAGUGACAAUAUCGACCCUGAGGCACCGCCUUCCAGCUAUGAGAGGAGAAGAAGUCGCGCCGUCCUUUACCAACUGUCAGGCCACUACAAGCAGGACAAUAAGCACAAAAUUAAGCUAAAUAAUACGCUUCUGCAUUCUACCGCGCCGCCCUUGCCGGAAUACAAAACCACCGCAAUCAAAAAAUCGCAGUUUAUCCUCAGUCAUUACGGCGGCUUCAAAUCCUGCUGGGACUGGCUAAUUCUCAUCGCGACCUUUUACGUGGCAAUAAUCGUUCCGUAUAAUGCGAGCUUCAUCAACACCGAUAGGCCUACCAUGGUCAGCGACGUUGUCGUCGAAGCGCUCUUCAUUAUCGACAUCGUGUUGAACUUCAGAACAACCUAUGUAAGCAGAAAAGGCGAAGUCGUCAGCAAUAGCAAAAGCAUCGCUGUAAAUUACGUGAAAGGCUGGUUCAUCGUUGACCUUGUUGCGGCAUUGCCGUUUGAUUUUCUUUAUGCUUCGGAUGUUUACAGCGGCGAGGAAUCGGCGCACAGCAAUAUUCAUUUAGUGAAGCUCACGAGAUUGUUGAGACUCGCUCGUCUGUUACAAAAAAUGGACAGAUAUUCGCAAUACAGCGCGGUGAUUUUAACGAUGCUCAUGCUUUUUUUCAUUCUGGUGGCGCAUUGGCUUGCUUGUAUCUGGUUCGUCAUCGCCGAGAAGGAAAGACUGCGAAACGACAAGGAUUGGGAAUUGGGUUGGAUACACGCUCUGGCUGAUAAAUUGAAAAUAUCUGUGCAAAACGUCACGCACACAGAGAGCUACAUAACGGCAUUAUAUUUCACUUGUAGUAGUUUAACUUCCGUAGGUUUUGGAAAUGUUUCGGCGAACACGUUUACGGAAAAGUUCUUCUCUAUUUGCACGAUGCUGAUUGGCGCUCUCAUGCACGCCGCGGUAUUCGGUAACGUCACCGCGAUCAUUCAGAGAAUGUAUUCCAGAAGAUCUCUGUAUCAGACCAAGUUACGAGAUCUGAAAGAUUUUCUAGUCCUGCAUCAAAUCCCGGAAGAACUCAAGCAACGGAUGCAGGAUUACUUUCAAACCAUGUGGUCGUUAAAUCACGGUAUUGACGUGCAUCGGACCCUUAAACAAUUCCCGGAGGAACUACGGGGAGACGUUUCGAUGCAUCUUCAUCGUGAGAUUCUGAGUUUGCCCAUCUUCGAGUCCGCCUCACAGGGAUGUUUGAAGUUACUCUCGUUACAUAUCAGAAACAACUUUUGCGCCCCCGGUGAAUUUCUCAUCCACAAAGGCGACGCUCUCUCGUACAUCUAUUAUCUAUGCAACGGAUCCAUGGAGGUCGUGCAGAACGGCAUGGUGGUCGCAAUUUUAGGGAAGGGUGAUUUGGUGGGUUGCGAUAUAAACGUUCAUCUGCAAAAUAACGGAGGGGGCAUAACGGGUUCCGGUUCGAUCGACGUCAUUGUAAAAUCCAGCUGCGACGUCAAAGCGCUAACUUACUGCGAUUUGAAGUGCAUACAUAUACAAGGUUUAAUCGAGGUGCUCCGACUCUAUCCCGAGUUUCAGCAUGAGUUUGCGAACGAUAUACAACACGAUCUUACGUACAACUUGCGCGAGGGAUACGAGGCAGAGCAGGAAUCCGAUAUAAAUGGACCGUCAUUGAUAUUGCCAUCCAUCAGCGAGGACGACGAGAACGCCGCCGAAGAGGGUGAGACUUCCCCUUUAACUUCACCUCCAAACAAAUCACCACUUCACAAUUCGAGCCCGCGUCACGCAAAAUUCAGGGACGAUUACAGAGAAGGAAGACGAGCGAACAAGGUGGUGCUGCUGCGAGGAGGGAGGGCAGCGCAGGUGGUUGUGCAGGAAUCUAUGGAGGAGCACAUCCUCGGAUCGGUCGAGAAACUCGAUAAUCAGUUCUCCACGCUGCACCAGGACGUGGCGACGCUCAGUUCGGAGGUGCGCAACGCUCUUCAGGCAUUGCGGAUACUCGCCUGCUCGCCCCAGAGCAAUCCGAACCUGCCGACUCCGACGGCGAGCCGCGGUAGCGAGAUCCUGGCCAGGAGUUCAUCCCAUCCGCCCGGCGCCGUCUGCUGGAAUCCGCCGACGAGGGACGCGUCGACGCAGACGGACUGGGACCUGUUCGAGUCGUGGGUACGCGCGAACCCACGCAGAGUCCUGACGAUUCUCGGGCUCGAUCCGGACGUCGUCCUCACGCUGUCACCGCCGUCGCCCACUCCGUCGCCGUCCUCGCCUCCGCCACCGCCGUACGAACCUUUAUCGCCUAUGGCAGGUUCGCCGCAACAAUCGCCCUCGCGAUCUCCGACGACAGUUCGAAAGAGGAGUGCUCUCCUGGGUAAGAUACACAUAACACGCGGCAGAAGAGCGUUUCUCAUGGAAUAAAAGAAUAUUUGCCCUGCAAUUUUUCUUUCACGAAAUACUCAUGCGACACGGGAGAGAGAUACAUCUCAUCAUGUGAAAGGAAGAUAAAACUCGUCGGCGAUUUCACGGACACGUGUUUGCCUGAUGGAAAUUUUCCGUCGUCGGGAAAACACUCCCUUGUGAAAAGAUCUUUCCCGUUACAGGAACCUUGGUAACAACCCUCCAUAUAUGAAGGAGGGAUGUGUAUUCCCAAUGCGCGGUGAUCGCGUAGCUGGCUCGGUUUUCCACAAGAAGAGACUUUGUAGAAAAGAUUUUCCAUUUUUUUUUUUUUCCCCGGAACUUCUUUUUCGGAAGUUCAGAUCUAUCAUAUCGUGCGUAAUCCGCGGACACGGGUUAUUCCAUAUCGGUGAAAGGUGUGCGUCUUUUCGCAUCCUUGCACAGAACAAUCUCAGUGCGUACACGCAGGUUUACUACUCAUACAACUAUACGUAGCGAUUAAAUAAUAAGACUGAAUUUUUUUACAUUUCUUGCGGGCGCGCCAUUUAUUAGCACAAACUGAUACUGUGCGUAUCUAUACAGGGUGUAUCGAAAACCGAAUGUUAGAAUCACUUUCUUUCUCUUUACUUUUCACUGUACCAUACGCUGUAUGACAGUUUUCGAUACUCCCUGUAACACACUAAAUGUAUUGUUUUGUACAUUUAUGUCGAUAAAACUUCAUUGAUUGAAUCUAUUUAUUUAUUCGUCUCCUUCUAACGUGUAAAUUCAUCGUUAUCUCUCUCGCAAACUCUCUAAUGUCUGUCUAUUAUUAAGUAUAGAACGUGUAUCAUUUUCUGUAAGAAGAUGAUGUAUCUUAAUUAAGUUCUCUGUAGUUGAAUUCGCGCUUACCUGACUCACAGCGACGUAACUGUAAGGAUAUCGGUCUUCGCUAACGUUAAUUAAGUUGUAUGCCACCCCCUCCGCUAAAAGGGAGGCCUCUCCGACUCUGCGCGGCUUUGUCGCACGUGAGGUAGUUUCGUGAAAUAUGUCACAAAAACCAUAGGAUUAUUCACACAGAAGUUAGAAAUUAACAAUACAUAAUAAUAUAAUGUGCACAACACAUGUCACCGUACACGUCCAGUCUAGAGAAUAUUCGUUAAUAUUUGUUAAGUAUAGAUGUACAGAGUUUAGUAAUUAAACACACUUCGCGAGAUGCGGAAGGGGGAACAAUGGCAAAGUGACGCGGCGCUGAAAACGACGCGAAAUAUGAAAGUUAUUUCGCCUCGUGUGACAUCCGACGAUUCGAAUCCAACACAACUGUAUCGGAAAUAAUAUCUAUCUAUUUCAUAAACUUGUUAGAAUCAAUUAGGCGUGUAGAGAAAGCGACCAUAGAUAAAGCGACCUGAAAAUAUGUAAAUAUAUGUGAAUACGUUGUUGAAAAAAAAAAUGUGAUAAGAGAGUGAGAGAGAGAGAGAGAGAGAAAAAAAAGAGAAAAGCACGGCUUUGGCCAUGCACAACUAUCUUCAUUCGAAUAUCCGUCGUUAUUUGUGAAAAAUUGCCGCUGUAUGACGCACAAAACUCAAUCUCGGGAUUUGUUUUUUUUUUUUUUGGCAACGCGAAUCUCGAUUUUCGUUUCGUUGUUAAAUAUCAACUUUCGAAUGUAUAUAGAUAUACUUUUCGAUAUCUUUAAUUUACAAUCAAUAUUGAAUAAUCAAUUACACGAGAUCACAUUUGUGGAAAAAAAAGACCAAUGAGACCUAAACCACGUACGGGCAAUUUUUUUUCGUCGCGUACGGUAAUUUUACCAUAACGUUUUUCAAAACCCCUCGCGGAUACAUUGUUGUAAUAAUAAAUGUGUUUCAUUUGUUUUCCACGGUUUUCUCACCGCCGCGCGGUUACUUUACCGCGCGGCGAAAAACUUGUUCGUGUUCUGGACCUAAUUGAGCUAUUUGUCAGACAAACAUAUCCAUCGGAAUUUAUUUAAAAUCCUUUAAUCGAAUUAAACUUUAUUGCAAACGUGUCGCUGUUACAUACAAAAGCGCGAUAACGCGCACAUUUUCACAAAUAUCGUUGGAACGAGAAAAUUUGCUGUGUUUUAUAAAUAUAUCUCAUAUAUUUUUUUUAUUACUGUUUCUAUAAUAUGCUCCUUGCGCGCGCAUUAUUAAUUCAAAGCUCUGAGUGUAACUAUAAUGUCAAUGUCUAAGUGAAAACUAAUCGAAUAUGCGUAACACACUCUCUUCACACGCGAUUUUUACUAUAAAAUACUUACUACCUUUUACACUUCUCACUGCGAAACGAAAACUUAAACUCUAUCGGAUUCUCUACGUCGUAAUAAGAUCGAUAAGUACAAAUAUAAUGGAACAACUUUCUUUCUAAUUAUCCGCUCGAAAACAGGCAGUACGUUUGCUUAAAAGUAUCGUUAAGAUUAAUAUAUAUAUAUAUAUUAUAUAUUCCGAUUCUCUAGUCGAUUGUAAACAAGAUCGAACAAAGUGUUACACGCGGCACUGAUGCUGUUCAAGUUGAUCAUGUUUAUCGGUAGAUCAUUUUUCUUUUUUUUUUUCAGCAAAAGAGGUUGCACUUCUACACACAGAGAGAACAAGGAGUGCGAAAAUAGAUAUUAAAAUAUUCCCGCUAUUCUACCUCCGUCUCUUUAAAGGAAAAAUUUAUUAAUAGGACUGAACGUUUCUCUAACGGCAAUAAUGUAAUGGAGUUCAUUAUAAUGAUAUAUCGAGAUAGUUCAUGCCGCAGGAAUGCAAAUAUCAAAAGAGAGAGAGAGAGAGAAAAAGCGAUAUAAAUUUUUAUAAAAUAUCUAUACUCUCUUACAUAUGCACACGUGCGUUCUGUCGUAGUAAGAGGUUGAUGCAGAAGUACGCGCGCAAUAUAACUAAAGUGUACGAAACACGCCUCGAGAUAAUUUUAAAAUUCGUGUUUUUCAA